UUUAAUAUGUGAUUAUUUUUUCUGGGUUUAUAUGAUUGGUUCUCGAUCAGUUCUUAAUUUAAGGAACAGAGUUUCUAUGUUAUCUUAUGUUGUUUUGUUUUGUCAGGUGUUUUAGGUUCCUUUUGUUCUUUGCUAUAUUUUUGUUAGUGUAUUUAUGCAGCAGAAGAGGGAAAGAUGUAUAUUUGAAAAAAAUUUAUUAUAAAAUAUUUAUUAGUGGGGCAAAGGAGUGUAGGUGUAGGUUUAAUUUGAUGGCUGGAAUUGGACUGUUGUUUGAAGAUAUUAGGAAGUUUUUAUUAGCUGUAGCUUAAAUUCGAGGUUAGAAUGUUUGAUCAAACCCAAACAUAUUCUGUUAUUGAGCCAUACUGAUGACAUGGAUCUUAAUUUGGUUUUUAUGGAAUUUGUGCCAGAUGGCAACCAAUUUCUUUGGCAUGCAUACUGCCCGUUAAUGAUUCGUUUGAAGGGUGAUUUAGGCUUCUUUGCAGACAAACCUAUGAGGCAUUCACAAUAGGGAUUUUUGAGGGAAUUUGCAGGUUAUUGUGAUGCUGGAAAUAACACCGCUUGUGGUUGCUAUUAUAAUCUGAAAGAAUCUUGGUUGACGAUUACUCUGAAUUCCUCUGUUGGCACUUUCGCUGUAGUUGUAUGCUUUGGUAGAUGAUUUAAAGGGACUUAUAUAUAAUUCAUGGAUGACUAUUCUUGUAAGAGAGCUGGUGAUGGAUCCCUUGUCCCCAGAAAGGGAUCUGCCCAUGUUUUGAGAGAUUCUGCUAAUAACAGAGAUCAAAAAGCUCAAUUUUGCAACCGAAUUGGAUGCAGUGGCAGACUGAACUCUAGUAAAGGUGCUCAAAUCAGUUCAGAAAAAGCCAAAUCUUCAAGGCCAAGACCGUUAUUUUCAUCUUCCGCAGGUGGCAAGGAAACAAUUGGAAGCUCGUCUAGGACUUGCUCUGUAAUCACCAAGCCUAGAAACUCCUUACAGGAGCCUCGGAAAAAGUUUUCUUCUCGACUAGAAGCAGAUUCCUCUGAAACUGGGAGUGUUCAGGAUGAGCCUGAAGGGAUACCACCUUCUGGAAGGAUUAAACUAGACAUUUCCCCAUCUGAUGGAGCUGGUUCAAGUGACAUCACCUCAAUGGAAGUUGGAAGCUCCGGUAUAUCAACAAAUACAAGAUCUCGUAGGAAUUUUCAUCAGAAAUCAGGAUUCGUAAACCCUGAAACUGUAGUGGGCUCACCUGUUUCUUUGGCAUCUAAAAGCACAAUCCAGGGGACGCGUGUGAGUGCCAGCAGGUAUGGUCUCAAAAAUCUUAGAUGCAACACAGUAUCUGAUGCUGCCUCUUCAGGUUCUUCAUCAUCAGAUUCAAAUCUAAGUAGAAGGAAAGACAUGGUCAAAAGGAGAGUUUGUGAUGUAGAAAGUAGUUCCUCUGCCAGAGGGAAGAAGAUGAUCGGAUCAUCAUUAGAAGGGCGGAGUGCUAGUUCAAGUCCCGGUAUCUCCAUUUCUGAUUCAAGGCGAUCCAGAACUGGACCUUUGAACAGGGAUAGCAGCGCAGCAUCAGGUAGGACUCGAAGACCACUCAGUGGCUACGCAGGGGCAAGGUUUUCUAACCAAGGAGGUGGAAACAAUUUAUCAGCAAAUGAGAUCCCAUUAAUGUCUCAACCUGAUAUAUCCCUGGAUUUGAAUGCUCCCAGUUCAUCACACCAGUUCUCUAUGGAAGCCUCUUUAAGUCGCCCAAGUUCUUAUAGUCGACCUGGCAGUAGAAGUUAUAGUCGACCUGGCAGUAGAAGUGGGAGUUUACGGGGUAUUACGCCAUCCAGUCCAGCAGAAGCUAGUAAUGCCCGAUCUUUAAUGAAUCGAGAGAGCUUCCGGCACCACAACAUGGAUGGAAUUGCUGAGGUAUUAUUGGCACUUGAGAGGAUUGAACAAGAUGAAGAGCCAACAUACGAGCAAUUGCUUGUUUUGGAGACCAAUUUGGUCCUUAGUGGACUGAACUUCUAUGAUCUACACAGAGAGAUGAGACUGGAUAUUGACAAUAUGUCGUAUGAGGAAUUAUUAGCUCUUGAAGAGAGAAUGGGUACUGUGAGCACGGCACUAACAGAGGAAGCAUUUUCAGAAUGCCUUAAGACUAGCAUUUAUGAGUCCACUCCUAUGGAGGAUGCGACUACAAAUCUUGAAGGGGAUAAAGAUGACAUCAGAUGCAGCAUCUGUCAGGAAGAGUAUGCUGACGGAGAUGAAGUGGGAAGGUUACCAUGUGAGCAUAGAUAUCAUGUGGCCUGCAUACAUCAAUGGCUGAGUCUGAAAAAUUGGUGCCCUAUUUGCAAGACAUCGGCAGCUCCCUCCUCCUCAUCCUCGUCACCACUGCCAUCCUUGUAAUCGAUUAAUGAAUUAGAUGCAGGCGACUGACUUUUCCAUUUUGUACAAAAAAAGUCUGUCCCCUUCCAUAUAUUUCUUUGAUAAGUUUUCUUUUAUGUACAUAACAAUUCUCUUUCAAAAGACUAAUAAGUUCAGGCUCUGUAAAGCCUCCACAGUCAUAGGUCAAUUGUCUACCCAAAACAAAAGAAACACGAAUGAAAAUUUCAUGGUUUGUUUCUGGCCUUUUGGGACAAAUAUGGUCUUUCAAAGUGAUGUACUUGUUCCUUGAUUGACCAAUUUUCAAGGCAUUUAAGAUUACUUUCGGCA